GGCAACGAACACGCCAGGGAAUUUCUGGCUCACGCGCCAACCAAGGGGCUCUGGAUGCCACUGGGGAAGGAAGUCAAAGUGAUGCAGUGCUGGUUAGGUUUUCACAGCAAAGUCAUUUCCUGCCGAAGAUGAAGGCCACAUUCCGUGUUCUGGGAACCGAUGUAAGGAACAAGGCUGUGAAGUCUCAGCAUCCAGCAUUCAGUCAUUCACAUGCUCUUCCUGUGUGCAUUGCCUUCCAAUGUGCCUGACAGCUCCACAGCCAGAGACUCUGCUCGCCUUCUCCAGAGAAUGAACCUCCUUCAAACCAGGAUCGGGGAGAGAUGCCACAUGGGCUUCUGACCAAGACUCCUUAUUUAAAGUACCCCUUCAACUCCAUUUCCAGAAGUUGGCGUUGUAAACGGUAUGGUCACCGAACGGGUGAUAAAGAAUGCCCUUUCUUUAUCAAAGGCAACCAAAAGUUAGAGCAGUUCAGAGUAGUGCAUGAAGAUCCCAUGUAUGACAUCAUACGAGAAAAUAAAAGACAUGAAAAGGAUAUCAGGAUACAGCAGUUAAAACAAUUACUGGAGGAUUCCACCUCAGAUGACGAUGGAAGCAGCUCCGGUUCCUCAGAAUGUAAGGAGAAACACAAGAAAAAGAAGAAAAAGGAAAAGCACAAGAAAAAGAAGAAAGAGAAGAAAAAGAAGAGAAAACGAAAGCAUAAGUCUUCCAAGUCGAAUGAGAGUUCAGACUCGGACUGACAGGCGCUUGACGCGUUCAGCUGUCCCGUCUCAGGUCAGACUCUGCGGCCCACGCAGAGGAACGUGGGCUCGGAGGGGACCGGGAGAGGAGGAAGGGUGUCUGGCGUCACGCGUGUGAUUUCUCACUCACCUUCCAGUGAAGAUGUGACCACAGGAGAGUGAGUUGUGUCCUCCAUUGCUGGCUCCAGAGAUGGCCGAUUUCAGGCAGGAAAGCUCUCUUCAGUGCCGUCCUCCCUGCUGGUCACCGUGGUUGGUGAUGCCUUAGAAAUGUCAGGGUGGCCGGACGAAGGGAUCCCUGAGGACGCUCCUCCAGGUGCUGUCACCCUCCAUAGUGAGGCUACCUAAUUCCCACAGACUUCAGCCUUGGCUUUUCUCUGUUGUUGAGGAUAAUAAAAGGUCAUUACUUUUUUAAA